CCCCCAGGGGUCCCCACUUGGCUCCCGCAGCAGCGCCCCCUUCUUCUCUCCCGGGUCACGGGCCCCGCGGUGAGCAGCCUCCGCCGCCUCGCCCGCCGCCUCCCCAGCCAUGGCCAACGGUGUGAUCCCGCCGCCCGGGGGCGCCUCCCCCCUACCCCAGGUCCGGCUGCCCUUGGAGGAGCCCCCUCUGAGCCCAGACAUGGAGGAGGAGGACGAUGACUUGGGCAAGACCUUGGCUGUGAGCAGGUUUGGGGACCUCAUCAGCAAGCCCCCGGCCUGGGACCCCGAGAAGCCCAGCCGCAGCUACAGCGAGCGGGACUUUGAGUUUCACCGGCACACAUCCCACCACACCCACCACCCGCUCUCCGCACGCCUGCCUCCACCCCACAAGCUGCGUCGCCUGCCCCCCACCUCUGCCCGGCAAGCCAGGAGGAAGAGGAAGGAGAAAACCUCUGCACCCCCCUCUGAGGGGACCCCUCCCAUCCAGGAGGAAGGGGGAGCCGUGGAGGAGGAGGAGGAGGAGGAAGAGGAAGAGGAAGGAGAAUCCGAGGCAGAGCCCGCCGAGCCCCCACCCUCAGCGUCCCCACCAAAGGCGAAGUUCUCCAUUGGCAGUGACGAGGAUGACAGCCCCCGCCUCUCCAGGAGGGCUGCGUGCACCAGGCCCCCGCCCCCCGGGGGGCCCCGGGCCGACAAGAGUCCCCAGCACUCAGUCAGCUCCCCCAGCCCCCGCGCCCGGACCUUGCGUCUCACCGGGGACAAGGGCCGGCCCUGGAGCCCAUCGGCCAGCUAUGACCUUCGGGAGCGGCUGUGCCCGGGCAGCGCCCUGGGCAGCCCUGGGGGCCCGGAGCAGCAGGUGCCCACUGACGAGGCGGAAGCACAGAUGCUGGGCUCCGCAGACCUGGACGACAUGAAGAGUCACCGGCUGGAGGACAACCCAGGCAUGCGGCGGCAUCUGGUGAAGAAGCCGUCUCGGACGCAGGCAGGGAGGGGCAGCCCUAGUGGCCUGGCCCCCAUCCUGCGCAGGAAGAAGAAGAAGAAGAAGAUGGACCGGAGGCCUCACGAGGUGUUUGUGGAGCUGAACGAGCUGAUGCUGGACCGCAGCCAGGAGCCCCACUGGCGGGAGACGGCGCGCUGGAUCAAGUUUGAGGAGGACGUGGAGGAAGAGACUGAGCGCUGGGGGAAGCCCCACGUGGCCUCGCUCUCCUUCCGCAGCCUCCUGGAGCUCAGGCGGACCAUCGCCCACGGCGCUGCCCUCCUGGACCUGGAACAGACCACGCUGCCGGGCAUUGCACAUCUCGUGGUGGAGACCAUGAUUGUGUCCGACCAGAUCCGGCCAGAGGACAGGGCCAGCGUCCUGCGCACCCUGCUGCUGAAACACAGCCACCCCAACGAUGACAAGGACAGCGGCUUCUUUCCCCGGAACCCAUCCAGCUCCAGCGUGAACUCCGUCCUGGGGAAUCACCACCCACCCUCCGGCCAUGGCCCUGACGGCGCAGUGCCCACCGUGACAGAUGACCUGGGGGAGCCCGCCCCACUCUGGCCUCAUGACCCCGACGCCAAGGAGAAGCCCCUCCACAUGCCUGGGGGAGACGGUCACCGGGGGAAAAGCCUGAAGCUUCUGGAGAAGAUUCCUGAAGAUGCCGAGGCGACUGUUGUGCUUGUGGGCUGCGUGCCCUUCCUGGAGCAACCGGCUGCCGCCUUUGUGCGCCUCAACGAAGCUGUGCUCUUGGAGUCUGUCCUGGAGGUCCCUGUGCCUGUCCGCUUCCUCUUUGUCAUGCUGGGGCCCAGCCACACCAGCACCGACUAUCACGAGCUUGGGCGCUCCAUCGCCACCCUCAUGUCUGACAAGCUGUUCCAUGAGGCUGCCUACCAGGCAGACGACCGGCAGGACCUCCUGAGCGCCAUCAGCGAGUUCCUGGACGGCAGCAUCGUGAUUCCGCCAUCCGAGGUGGAGGGCCGGGACUUGCUGCGCUCCGUGGCCGCCUUCCAGCGCGAGCUGCUUCGGAAGCGGCGGGAGCGCGAGCAGACCAAAGUGGAGAUGGCCACCCAGGGAGGCUACGUGGCCCCCGGGAAAGAGCUGUCUAUGGAGUUGGGUGGCUCGGAGGCGACCCCAGAAGAUGACCCCCUGCUGCGGACCGGCUCAGUUUUCGGGGGGCUGGUCCGGGAUGUGAAGCGCCGAUACCCACACUACCCCAGCGACCUGCGGGACGCCCUCCAUUCUCAGUGCGUGGCGGCCGUGCUCUUCAUCUACUUUGCCGCCCUCAGCCCUGCCAUCACCUUUGGGGGGCUGCUAGGGGAGAAGACCGAAGGCCUGAUGGGCGUUUCUGAGCUGAUCGUGUCCACGGCUGUGCUUGGCGUCCUCUUCUCCUUGCUGGGGGCUCAGCCGCUGCUGGUGGUUGGCUUCUCUGGGCCACUGUUAGUCUUCGAAGAAGCUUUCUUCAAGUUCUGUCGGGCUCAGGACCUGGAAUACCUCACCGGCCGGGUGUGGGUCGGCCUCUGGCUGGUGGUCUUCGUUCUUGCCCUGGUGGCCGCGGAAGGCAGCUUCCUGGUCCGCUACAUCUCGCCUUUCACCCAGGAGAUCUUUGCUUUCCUCAUCUCACUUAUUUUCAUCUACGAGACCUUCCAUAAGCUCUACAAGGUAUUCAUGGAGCACCCACUGCUGCCAUUCUACCCCCCUGAGGGGAUGUUGGAAGUUGGGCUGGACCUGAAUGGGAGUGCCCUGCCUCCCACAGAGGGGCCUCCGGGUCCCAGGAACCAGCCCAACACGGCUCUGCUGUCCCUCAUCUUAAUGCUGGGGACCUUCCUUAUCGCCUUCUUCUUACGCAAGUUCAGGAAUAGUCGCUUCCUGGGGGGCAAGGCUCGCCGUGUCAUCGGUGAUUUUGGGAUCCCUAUCUCCAUUCUGGUCAUGGUCCUGGUAGAUUACUCCAUUACGGACACCUACACACAGAAGCUGACCGUGCCCACGGGGCUCUCGGUCACCUCCCCCGAUAAGCGCACGUGGUUCAUCCCGCCCCUGGGCAGUGCCCGCCCGUUUCCCCCCUGGAUGAUGGUGGCAGCCGCUGUCCCUGCCCUCCUGGUCCUCAUCCUGAUCUUCAUGGAGACACAGAUCACUGCGCUCAUCGUCAGCCAGAAGGCCCGGAGGCUGCUCAAAGGCUCCGGCUUCCACUUGGACCUGCUUCUCAUCGGCUCCCUGGGGGGGCUCUGUGGGCUGUUCGGGCUGCCCUGGCUCACGGCCGCCACUGUCCGCUCCGUCACCCACGUGAAUGCCCUGACCGUGAUGCGCACCGCCAUCGCUCCCGGCGACAAGCCCCAGAUCCAGGAGGUGCGGGAGCAGCGGGUGACCGGAGUGCUCAUCGCCAGCCUCGUGGGCCUGUCCAUCGUCAUGGGGGCUGUGCUGCGUCGCAUCCCCCUGGCCGUGCUCUUUGGAAUUUUUCUGUACAUGGGGGUGACCUCGCUGUCGGGUAUCCAGCUGUCCCAGCGCCUGUUGCUCAUUCUCAUGCCAGCAAAACAUCACCCCGAGCAGCCCUAUGUGACCAAGGUGAAGACGUGGCGGAUGCACCUGUUCACCUGCAUUCAGCUGGGCUGCAUUGCACUGCUCUGGGUGGUUAAAUCCACGGCGGCCUCGCUUGCCUUUCCUUUUCUGCUGCUGCUCACGGUGCCUCUGAGGCGUUGCCUCCUGCCCCGGCUCUUCCAGGACAGGGAGCUGCAGGCGUUGGACUCGGAAGACGCUGAGCCAAACUUUGAUGAGGACGGCCAGGAUGAGUACAAUGAGCUGCACAUGCCUGUGUGAUUCUGGAACACGUGUCCCCCAGACCCUGACUCCCUAGUGAUCAACACCGGGCCCCACAUGAGCCCAGCCCCAGGGCCAGCUGGCACCUCACAACCCAGAGAUGUGCCUGGAACCCCAACGAUGCCGCGGCCAGAGCAGCCCCGACUCCACCUGGGGCGUUGACCUUUCACACACCAGACCGGCACAGGCUUUGAGCUCAUUAUAACCACACUCCUUGUCUUGUGUCUGCCUCA